AUGAAUUUCAUAAGGGAAGUCAAAGAGGUACAGUUUGGCCUUUUGUCUCCGGAAGAGGUCAGAGCUAUAUCUGUUGCUAAGAUAGAAUUCCCAGAAACUAUGGAUCAAACUUCCAAACGUCCAAAAGAAGGUGGAUUAAAUGAUCCAAGAUUAGGAACUAUUGAUGCAACUCAUAAAUGUAUGUCUUGUGGAGGGAAUAUGGCAGAAUGUCCUGGUCAUUUUGGUCAUAUUGAAUUAGCAAAACCUGUAUUUCAUAUUGGUUUCAUUGCCAAAAUUAAAAAAGUAUUAGAAAGUACUUGUACUCAUUGUAGUAAAUUAUUAUUAGAUGAAACUAAUCCAUUAAUGGCACAAGCAAUUAAAAUUAGAGAUCCAAAAAAGAGAUUUAAUGCAGUAUGGAGUUUAUGUAAAUCUAAAAUGGUUUGUGAAACUGCUAUGAAUGAAGAUGAAAUGAAUGAUCAUCCAAUAAGAGGUGGUUGUGGUCAUACUCAACCAACUAUACGUAGAGAUGGAUUAAAAUUAUGGGGUACUUGGAAACAUAAUAAGAAUUUUGAAGAAAAUGAUCAACCAGAACGUCGUUUAUUAAGUCCAUCUGAAAUUUUAAAUGUAUUUAAACAUAUAAGUCCAGAAGAUUGUUAUAGAUUAGGAUUUAAUGAAGAUUAUGCAAGACCAGAAUGGAUGUUAAUAACAGUAUUACCAGUUCCACCACCACCAGUAAGACCAUCCAUUGCUUUUAAUGAUACAGCAAGAGGAGAAGAUGAUUUAACUUUUAAAUUAGCUGAUAUUAUAAAAGCAAAUAUAAAUGUUCAAAGAUUAGAAAUUGAUGGAUCACCACAACAUGUUAUAAGUGAAUUUGAAUCUUUAUUACAAUUUCAUGUUGCAACUUAUAUGGAUAAUGAUAUAGCAGGUCAACCACAAGCUUUACAAAAAACUGGUCGUCCAAUUAAAUCUAUAAGAGCAAGAUUAAAAGGUAAAGAAGGUAGAUUGAGAGGUAAUCUUAUGGGUAAAAGAGUUGAUUUUUCUGCUCGUACAGUUAUUUCUGGUGAUCCUAAUUUAGAUUUGGAUCAAGUUGGUGUUCCAAUAUCUAUCGCCAAGACUUUAAGUUAUCCAGAAAUUGUUACUCCAUAUAAUAUUCAUAAAUUAACUGAAUAUGUAAGAAAUGGUCCAAAUGAACAUCCAGGUGCAAAAUACGUGAUUAGAGAUACUGGUGAUAGAAUAGAUUUGAGAUAUAAUAAAAGAGCUGGGGAUAUAGCAUUACAAUAUGGUUGGAAAGUUGAACGUCAUCUUAUGGAUGAUGAUCCAGUUUUAUUUAAUCGUCAACCUUCAUUACAUAAAAUGUCUAUGAUGGCUCAUAGAGUUAAAGUUAUGCCUUAUUCGACUUUUAGAUUAAAUUUAUCAGUUACUUCCCCCUAUAAUGCAGAUUUCGAUGGUGAUGAAAUGAAUUUACAUGUUCCACAAUCACCAGAAACUAGAUCUGAAUUAUCACAAAUUUGUGCUGUACCAUUACAAAUUGUUUCUCCACAAUCAAAUAAACCAGUUAUGGGUAUUGUUCAAGAUACUUUAUGUGGUAUAAGAAAAAUGACUCUUAGAGAUAUUUUUAUUGAAUAUGAUCAAGUAAUGAAUAUGUGUUAUUGGAUUCCAAAUUGGGAUGGAGUUAUUCCACCACCUGCAAUAAUUAAACCAAAACCAUUAUGGUCUGGUAAACAAAUGUUAUCAAUGGCCAUUCCAAAGGGUAUACACUUACAAAGAUUUGAUGGUGGUAGAGAUUUACUUAGUCCAAAAGAUAGUGGUAUGUUAAUUGUUGAUGGAGAAAUUAUGUUUGGAGUUGUUGAUAAAAAAACAGUUGGUGCCACUGGUGGUGGAUUAAUUCAUACAGUAUUCAGAGAAAAAGGUGCUCAAGUUUGUGCUCAAUUAUUCAGUUCAAUUCAAAAAGUUGUGAAUUUUUGGUUAUUACAUAAUGGUUUUAGUAUUGGUAUUGGUGAUACAAUUGCAGAUGCAAGUACAAUGAAAGAUAUUACCAAAACAAUUCAAGAAGCUAAAUCAAAAGUUCAAGAAAUUAUAUUUGAUGCACAACAUAAUACAUUAGAACCUGAACCUGGUAUGACUUUAAGAGAAUCAUUUGAACAUAAUGUUUCAAGAGUUUUAAAUCAAGCGCGUGAUACAGCUGGUCGUUCCGCAGAAAUGAGUUUAAAAGAUUUGAAUAAUGUUAAACAAAUGGUUACUUCUGGUUCAAAAGGUUCAUUCAUUAAUAUUUCACAAAUGUCUGCAUGUGUUGGACAACAAAUUGUUGAAGGUAAAAGAAUUCCAUUUGGAUUUUCAGAUCGUUCUUUACCACAUUUUACAAAAGAUGAUUAUUCACCAGAAUCAAAAGGUUUUGUUGAAAAUUCCUAUUUAAGAGGUUUAACACCACAAGAGUUCUUUUUCCAUGCUAUGGCUGGUAGAGAAGGUUUAAUUGAUACAGCUGUUAAAACUGCAGAAACUGGUUAUAUUCAACGUCGUUUAGUUAAAGCAUUGGAAGAUAUUAUGGUCCAUUAUGAUGGUACUACAAGAAAUUCACUUGGAGAUAUUAUUCAAUUCAUUUAUGGAGAAGAUGGUAUUGAUGCUACCCAAGUUGAAAAACAAUCUAUUGAUACUAUACCUGGAUCAGAUGAAAAAUUCGAAAGAAGAUAUAGAAUUGAUUUAUUGGAUUGUGAUAUUGAUUCAUUAAAACAAUAUCAAGGUGAUGUAAAAUUACAAAAAUUAUUAGAUGAAGAAUAUAAUCAAUUAGUUGAGGAUAGAAUCUUUUUAAGAAAAGUAUUUCCAAAUGGUGAUUAUAAUUGGCCAUUACCAGUUAAUAUCAAACGUAUUAUAGAAAAUUCGAAAUUAACAUUCACAGGUAACUCAGAUUUAACACUAGAUGAAAUUAUCAAUGGAGUUAAAAAUUUAUGUACAAAAUUAUUAGUUCUUAGAGGUGAUUCUAAAUUAACAAAAGAAGCUCAAGAAAACGCUACAUUAUUGUUUCAAUGUUUGGUAAGAUCAAGAUUGGCAUCACGUAGAGUAAUUGAAGAACAUAAAUUAAAUAGAUCAUCAUUUGAUUGGAUUCUUGGAGAAAUUGAACAACAAUUCCAAAAAUCUGUUGUACAUCCAGGUGAAAUGGUUGGUGUUGUUGCUGCACAAUCUAUUGGUGAACCAGCUACUCAAAUGACAUUAAAUACUUUCCAUUAUGCUGGUGUUUCAUCUAAAAAUGUUACAUUGGGUGUUCCUCGUUUAAAAGAAAUUUUAAAUGUUGCUAAAAAUAUCAAGACUCCUGCCUUGACUGUUUAUUUAGAUCCUGAAGUUUCUCAAGAUAUUGAAUUAGCUAAAAUUGUUCAAUCAUCAAUUGAACAUACUACUUUGAAAAAUGUUACAUCUUCAACAGAAAUUUAUUAUGAUCCAGAUCCAAGAACAACCGUUAUUGAAGAAGAUUUUGAUACUGUUGAAGCAUAUUUUGCAAUUCCUGAUCAAAAAGUUGAAGAAAGUAUUGAAAAACAAUCACCAUGGUUACUUAGAUUAGAACUUGAUCGUGCCAAGAUGUUGGAUAAACAAUUAACUAUGGCUCAAGUUGCAGAAAAAAUUUCACAAAAUUUUGGAGAAGAUUUAUUUGUAAUUUGGUCAGAUGAUACUGCUGAUAAACUUAUUAUCCGUUGUAGAGUUGUUAGAGAUCCAAAAUCAUUAGAUGAAGAUGCAGAUGCAGAAGAAGAUCAAAUAUUAAAACGUAUUGAAGCUCAUAUGUUGGAAUCAAUUUCUUUAAGAGGUAUUCCAGGUAUUACAAGAGUAUUCAUGAUGCAACAUAAAGUUAGUAAACCAGAUGCAACUGGUGAAUUUCAACAAGGUAAAGAAUGGGUAUUGGAAACUGAUGGUGUUAAUUUAGCUGAUGUUAUGGCAGUACCAGGUGUUGACUCAACACGUACUUAUUCAAAUGAUUUUAUUGAAAUAUUAUCUGUUUUAGGUAUUGAAGCAACAAGAUCUGCAUUAUUUAAAGAAAUUUUAAAUGUUAUUGCAUUUGAUGGUUCAUAUGUUAAUUAUCGUCAUAUGGCAUUGUUGGUUGAUGUUAUGACUUCACGUGGUCAUUUAAUGGCAAUCACUCGUCAUGGUAUUAAUAGAUCAGAUACUGGUGCAUUAAUGCGUUGUUCAUUCGAAGAAACUGUUGAAAUUUUAUUAGAUGCUGCUGCAUCUGCAGAAUUAGAUGAUUGUAAAGGUAUAUCUGAAAAUGUUAUGUUGGGUCAAAUGGCUCCAUUAGGAACUGGUUCAUUUGAUGUUAUGGUUGAUGAUAAAAUGUUACAACAAGCUCCUGUUAGUGUUGCAAUGGAAGAAAUUGCUGAAGAUGGUGGUGCUACACCUUAUAGAGAUGUUGAAAUGGAAGAUGAUCGUGCUAUAUAUGAUGAAAAUGCUGGUUUCUCACCAAUUCAUACAGCACCAGCAGAAAUGAAUGGUGGUGGUUUAACUUCAUAUGGUGGUCAACCAACUUCUCCAGGUAAUACAUCUCCAUUUAGUUAUUCAACAACUCCUGGUUAUGGUGGUACAAGUCCAAGUUAUGGUGGAUCAAGUCCUGGUUAUGGUUAUUCACCAACAUCACCUGGUUAUUCACCUACAUCUCCAAGUUACUCACCAACAUCUCCAUCAUAUUCACCAACAUCUCCAAGUUAUUCACCAACAUCUCCAUCAUAUUCACCAACAUCACCAAGUUAUUCACCAACUUCACCAAGCUAUUCUCCUACUUCUCCAAGUUAUUCACCAACAUCACCAUCAUAUUCACCUACAUCUCCAAGUUAUUCUCCAACAUCUCCAAGUUACUCUCCUACUUCACCAAGUUACUCACCAACAUCACCUUCCUAUUCACCUACAUCUCCAUCUUACUCACCAACAUCACCUUCUUAUUCACCAACUUCACCAAGCUAUUCACCAACCUCACCACAAUAUUCUCCUACAUCUCCAUCUUAUUCACCUACAUCUCCACAAUAUUCACCAACCUCACCAAGUUAUUCACCAACUUCCCCACAAUAUUCACCAACUUCACCUCAAUAUUCACCAACUUCACCUCAAUAUUCACCAAAAUCUCCACAUUACUCACCAAAAGAGGAAAAAGAAUAG